AUGUUGCAUUAUUUUGAGCAGCCGUUUACAAAAUGUCAGUAUUUUUACUUGCUACCAUUCAGAGUUACUGAAAAUAUUUCUGUAUAUCCACAGUACCUCAAAAUAAAAUUACCGAAGAAAACAGCCAGACGAUACCCAGCGUAUGAGCUCUAUCUGUAUGGGGAAGGGAACUAUGCUGAAGAAAACAAACAUCUCCUAUUGACAGGAAUUCCAGUUCUCUUUCUUCCUGGGAACGCUGGCAGCUACAAACAAGUACGUUCUCUUGGCUCCAUUGCCCUUAGAAAAGCAGAAGAUGUUGACUUCAAGUAUCAUUUUAAUUUCUUCAGUGUCAACUUUAAUGAGGAGUUGGUUGCAUUGUAUGGUGGUAGUCUGCAACGACAGACCAAGUUUGUGCAUGAAUGCAUAAAAGUAAUUCUUAAGUUGUACAGGGGUCGAGAAUUUGCACCAACCAGUGUUGCAAUAGUAGGUCAUUCCAUGGGUGGUCUUGUUGCAAGAGCAUUGCUUACUCUGAAGAAUUUUAAGCCUGAACUUAUAAAUCUUCUCAUUACACAAGCCACACCUCAUGUUGCACCUGUGAUGCCUUUAGACAAAUAUCUUACUGAUUUUUAUACAGCUGUAAACAAUCAUUGGAUUCUAAAGGCCCAAGAUUUAAGAAAUUUAACUACCCUUUCUGUGGCGGGAGGAUUCAGAGAUUACCAAGUUCGUUCAGGACUGACUUUUCUACCAAGAUUGAGUCAACAUGACAGUGCCUUAUCUGUUGUGAGCUCGGCUGUGCCUAGAGUCUGGGCCUCAACAGACCAUCUCUCCAUAGUGUGGUGCAAAGAAUUGAUUUUGGCCACAAUUAGAGUUCUUUUUGAUCUCAUAGAUGAAAACACAAGGCAGAUAACUGAGGAUCCAAAGAAGAGAAUGUCUGUAUUGAAUCACCACUUUGUGAGACACCCUGCAAAGAUAUUUGAGGAAAAUCCUGAAGCUUUUACAGAACUCACAGGAGCUUUCAUGUGGAUUACAGUCAAAGCCUCAAAAUGGACUUAUUCAGUUUACAAUGAUUCUGAUGGAAAAUAUUUCACUUUUCCUCUUGCAAGCCACAGGAAAUCGUACAGUCAUGUUUACUGUGAAAGCAAUAUGUUGGAUACAAGUAGCUGGAUUUAUGGCUGUAUGAACAGUAAUUCAUCAAUGUGCUUGAAAGCUACUGACUUAUCCUGGAGAGCUGAGUUACUGCCAACCACCAAGGUUGUAAUACUGAAACUUGAGGACUAUCCUUCUUUGUCCCACGUGGUCAUUCAGGUACCACCUGCAGCUGGCAAUAAGUAUACUUUGAACUGUGAAUUCUUCAAAGAGGACUCGAGAACAGUACAGCUUCCUGUAACACAUCUUUUUUCAUUUGGGCUUUCUUCAAGCAAAAUUUUGUUAAAUUCAACUGGCUUACUUUACAAAGUACAGCUCAAGCACUUCAACCAAGUAUAUCAAGCCUUCAAAAUCUAUAUAGAGAGCCACUGCCAGAUACUCAAAGAAAGAAAACCUAGUGUUUACAGACUUCAUAUACCCUGGUCACAUGAAGACUCAAUAAUUGUAGCAAAAGUUCCAUCUUUUACUGAAAUUUCUGCAAAACUGCAUAUUGCUCAGCCUCAAAACAACAACAGGACUCCAGAGUUAAAUAUUUACUCUUCCUCAGACUGUCAGUAUGAGGUAAUUCUGAAGACAUCACUUUUACAGAUUCUUGGGCAAAUAAUAAGAUUCCAUGCUGGCACUCUUCCAGCCUAUGUUGUUUCUAACAUUCUUCUUACUUAUGGAGGACAAUUGAGCACAUUGAUAUCAACAGGCCAGUGUUCAGAAUUUUCCCUUGAGCUAGUGAGGACAGCUAAACCAUACAAAGUAGAACCUCUUAUAAGCAUUGUUGUGUUUCUGCAGGGGUGUCACUGGUUCAGAGUGAUCUGGGAAUCACUGUCACUACCAGAGGUGGAUGCUGCUGUGCUGAGUAGUCAGGAUGCAUGGUUCCCUCUUGUGUCCCUGAUUCUAUUUCUUUUUGGGACAGGCAUUGCCUACUGGAGUGGAGUGUUUUUCUCUGCAUCUCUGAAACUGUUAGCUUCUUUGUGGUUACGUCUGAUUAGACCGAAUGUACUUCUAAAAGAAAACAAGUUGAUUACACCCAGAAGACUCUGCGAGGUAUUAUCCCUUGCUUUGGUUAGCUGGACAACUUGUGGUGCAUUUGCUCUACUCAUUAUUUAUCUUCAAUACUUGUUUAAGGUUAUAAAACUACAUGUGGAUGUAAGGGCAGAACAAAACAUGCUUAAUGGGGAUUCAGACAGCUCAAAAGAAACUUCACAGAGCUCUACUAUACAUGCAGUCAAAAAGCAGAGUUCAAUGGACAGUACCUCAGAAGCAAUGCCAUCUCUUUCCAAGAGUACAACAAUUUCUGAAGCCAUUAACAGUCUUAAGAUGCAUGUUACAGUUCUCAAUUUAUUCACAUGGAUUGUGCUGCUCAGCUUCCCAUCUUUAAUUUAUUGGUUAAAAAAUCUCAGGUACAAUGUUAGACUUGAUCCUGAUCCAUGUAGAUCUACAGCUGUUAUCCUUGUAUGCAUUUUAGAAAUUCUCAUGAAUUCAAGUACUUCUGAAGUGAAAUCAAGUAAACUCUUGAAGAUCACAGCCAAAGUUCCACUCCCUUUGUCAGUUGCAAUGUUGGCUUUUGGACGAUUGCAUUUAUACAAAGUACCACACUUUGUAACCUUUUCUCUUCUUCUACAUGUGCUAUGUUGUAUUGUGUGA